CAUCAGACAUCUCGUCAAAAUGUCUUUGUUUCUCCUCAUUUCUCUUCUCUUCUUUUCCCCCAGCCAGGGAAUAGGAUGGUAUAAAGAGGCUCCUCACCCGUGGCCUAGUGUCGUAAAGUCUCCUCUCCCGCAAAUGAAGCCCGAGUCUCUCCCCUCAUCAUUCAGCUGGAGAGAGGAUCACUACCUCAGUCCACCAACCAACCAGUUCCUGCCCAAUCCCUGUGGCGGCUGCUGGGCCCAUGCCUCAGCUGGAGCCCUCACUGAUAGAUUCAUCUUGAAAACUGGCGUCAUAAUCCCUCAUCUUAGCAUGCAGGCUCUGCUGGACUGCGGGAGAGAGGAAGGGUUUGUGGAAAUGGGAUCCUGCGAGGGAGGGAGCGACAUCCUAGCAUACGACUUUAUCUACAACAACGGGAUCACCGAUUCCACCUGUUCUCCAUAUAUGGGCGUGGUAUUCACGAACUGGGCAGAGGGUACGAAGUGUACUCAGCGAAUGUGCAGACAGUGCGACACCUUCGGCAACUGUCAUUUUGUGAACGGGACACUCUACCACAUUUCAGAAUACGGGAAUGUGACCGGUGAGAUUGAAAUGAUGACGGAGAUGUACGCCCGUGGCCCCAUAGCAUGCUCUGUAUAUGCACACACUGACAAUUUCCUCAAGUACACUGGUGGAGUCAUCACUGAUGAUACUCCGUACAAUGUAACUACGCACGUCAUCUCUCUGAUUGGAUGGGGCACUGAAAAUGGAGUCAAUUAUUGGAUUGGACGUAACUCUUUUGGGACAGAAUGGGGAGAGGGAGGGUGGUUUAAAAUAGAGAGAGGAAAGAACACUUUGAAUAUCGAGAGACAUCCAUGUGCCUGGGCUGUACCAAAAGUAUAAAGAGAGACAUCAAGAAGAAUUGUAUAAUCAUUUUUAAUUUUGCAGUACAGUGUUUAUAUACUUGAGUGCUUGUGUUUCAGUUUCAUUUGUCAAUAUGACUACUUUAUUAAAUAAAGAACAAAAUAUUCUCUUGAUAUA